UUCACAAACGGCAAGUAGACAGCUGCUAGACAAAAAGUGUAUUCUUCAGAAUUUCUUGGCCGUAAAUUUUCAACUUUAUCUUUUUAUAAAUAAUUAAAAUUAAUUAAUUCAUCAAAUAAACGUUCUUUUUGUUUGAAUAACAGUAACAACUCGUUUUUAAAUAAAAUCCUUCUUCAAAGAAUCUAGCAGACUUCAAAAAAUGGCCUAUUCUAAUAAAUUUAUUUAUGCAUCAUUGCCAAGAACCCAACGAGGACAGCCGAUUGUAUUGGGCGCCGAUCCAAAGGGAAAGAAUUUCCUGUACACAAAUGGAAAUUCUGUGAUUAUCCGUAACAUUGAGAAUCCAGCGAUUGCCGAUGUUUAUACCGAACACUCGUGUGCCGUAAAUGUUGCCAAGUAUUCACCAAGUGGAUUUUACAUUGCGUCUGGGGAUCAAUCGGGAAAAAUUCGCAUCUGGGACACCGUCAAUAAGGAGCACAUUUUGAAAAAUGAAUUCCAGCCAAUUGGUGGACCAAUCAAAGAUAUCGCCUGGUCACCAGAUAAUCAGAGAAUUGUCAUUGUCGGUGAGGGUCGUGAGCGAUUUGGUCAUGUUUUCAUGACCGAAACGGGAACAUCAGUUGGUGAAAUUAGUGGUCAAUCGAAACCAAUCAAUUCAUGUGAUUUCCGUCCGGCCCGACCAUUUAGAAUCGUAACAGGAAGUGAAGACAAUACAAUUGGUAUUUUUGAGGGACCACCCUUUAAGUUCAAAAUGACCAAGACAGAUCACUCGAGAUUUGUUCAAGCUGUUCGUUAUUCGCCAAGCGGUCAUUUGUUUGCAUCGGCUGGAUUCGAUGGAAAGGUAUUUAUAUAUGAUGGUGCCACCUCUGAGUUGGUGGGAGAGGUUGGAAGCCCUGCUCAUAAGGGUGGUGUGUAUGCCGUUGCAUGGAAGCCCGAUGGAACUCAGCUGCUCACUUGUUCGGGUGAUAAGACUUGCCGCUUAUGGAAUGUUGAAACUCGCGAGUUGAUCACAGAAUUUGUGAUGGGAACAACUGUUGAUGAUCAGCAGGUUUCUUGUUUGUGGCAAGGAGAACAUUUGCUUACUGUUUCGUUAUCUGGAAAUAUAAGCUACUUGGAUGUCAACGAUCCAACGAAGCCACUGCGCGUCAUAAAGGGGCACAACAAGCCAAUAACAGUGUUGGGAUUGAGCGAUGAUCGUAGCACUAUCUACACUGGCAGCCACGAUGGUGUAGUCACAAAUUGGAACUCUGGAAGUGGCGUCAAUGAUCGUAUCAGCGGUGCUGGACACGGCAAUCAAAUCAACGGCAUAGCUGCAUGGGAAGACUUUGUUUAUACCUGCGGCAUUGAUGAUUCUCUGCGAAAGAUCAGCGUCGAAGGGAAUACCUAUACAGAUUUUGUAGUAAAACUAAACUGUCAGCCAAGAGCUCUUACAAUUUUCCGAAAGGAGAACAUUAUUGCUAUUGCAUGCGUCAAAGAAAUAACUUUAGUUCAGGAUAAUAAAAAACUCCUAUCGCUUCCAAUCAAAUACGAAGCUAGCUCGAUCAGUGCCAACGCGGAGACAAUGGAAUUGGCUGUAGGAGGAGAUGAUCAAAAAUUAAGAAUAUACUCGUUGAAUGGUAGUUCAUUGGAGUUGAAAACCGAACUCGAACAUCUCGGAGCUGUAACUGACUGCGUAUACUCUCCUGAUAAUAAACUACUUGUAGCUUGUGACGCUCAUCGUAAGGUUGUGCUCUAUAGUGUUCCUGAAUAUAAGCCUGCUCACAACAAAGAAUGGGGCUUCCAUAAUGCUCGUGUGAAUACAGUCGCGUUUUCGCCUAAUUCACUUCUAGUCGCCAGUGGAUCAUUAGAUACCACCAUCAUCAUUUGGUCCGUAACAAACCCAUCGAAACAUACUAUUAUUAAAAAUGCCCACCCACAGUCACAAAUUACUCGUUUAGUGUGGUUGGACAACAACACUGUGAUCUCAACUGGACAAGAUUGCAACACAAAAGUCUGGGAAGUCGAAACUAUUUAAAACAAAAUAGCACACAAAACCUAUCAACGAAGUUUUUAAAACCGCGUUAUACACACACAUUAUAAUUAUUAUUAUUAUUAUCAGUAAAACAAAAUAAACAUCGUGUUUUUGAUUUAUAUUG